CAAUCUUCAGAUUGUCAAGCUUCCUGUCACAUAAAAAGCAUCCGAAUAUCUACAAAUAUCUUUUGGUACGAGGCUCGCCUCUAAGGAGCCAUGUUACCUGUCGCAAUGGAACUAUCCAGUCAUCGAGGUAAAGUAGACUGAGCAAGCAUCCGGGUGUUCGGUCCGUUCUAUUGUGCUGUCUUACUCCCUACUAGCUCUCGCUGGUGAUCGAUUCGUUCGAUUCAUCGGCUUGAUGUUUAGUAUCAGUAGGAGACAGCAUUGUAGAAUGGAUUGAUCUGAGAAAUACCGGCGAACUUGAUCUGGAUAAUACCAGCGAAAGGAUCUGCUUCUUGGGCUUCCCCUGAUCUCCUAAUAAUUUAGUGUGCAGACUAACCCACGUAGCUCUUUGCUCGAUUAUCCAAAAUGUCGACGGAUAAGAUCACGUUCCUGACGAACUGGCACGCCACCCCGUACCACGCACCGGUCUACCUCGCUCAGGCGAAGGGAUACUUCAAGGAAGAAGGCAUCAAGGUCGCUCUCUUGGAGCCCAACGACCCUAGCGAUGUCACUGAGAUCAUCGGAUCUGGCAAAGUGGAUCUUGGAUUCAAGGCUAUGAUUCACACUCUUGCUGCAAAGGCCCGUGGCUUCCCGGUCCUGUCCAUCGGCAGUCUGCUUGAUGAGCCAUUCACCGGUGUCAUUUACCUCAAAGAGUCGGGCAUCACCACUGAUUUCCGCUCCCUCAAGGGCAAGCGCAUCGGCUACGUGGGAGAAUUUGGCAAGAUUCAGAUCGAUGAGCUGACUUCCCACUAUGGCCUCACUCCUGAGGACUACACUGCCGUCCGCUGCGGCAUGAAUGUUUCCAAGGCCAUUAUCAGCGGCGAGAUUGACGCUGGAAUUGGCCUGGAAAAUGUUCAGAUGGUUGAGCUUGAGGAGUGGCUCGACAAGCAGGGCCGCCCCAAGACAGAUGUCCAAAUGCUUCGCAUUGACGAGCUCGCCGAGUUGGGCUGCUGCUGCUUCUGCACUAUUCUCUAUAUUGGCAACGAAUCCUUCAUUGAGAAGAACCCGGAGAAAGUUCGCGCUUUCCUCCGCGCUGUCAAAAAGGCCACUGAUUUUGUCCUUGCCGACCCUAACAAGGCUUGGGCCGAGUACGUUGACUUCAAGCCCGUCAUGGGUACUGAGCUCAACCGGAAGAUGUUUGAGCGUAGCUUUGCGUAUUUCUCAAAGGACUUGAAGAACGUUCAGCGCGAUUGGAACAAGGUGACCAAGUAUGGACAAAGACUCGGCGUCUUGGAUGCUGAGUUCAAGUCCAACUACACCAACGACUUCCUUGGCUGGGAGCUUGAGGCCGAGUCCCAAGAUCCUACCGGCGACCAGAAGCGCAUGGUUGAGUUGCAGUGCGAUGUUGCCUGCCGUGGAGGCUUCCGCCGACUCCCAGCUGUCAUCAAGGCUUGAUUGAGUCAAAUCAAACGCUAAAGAGUCAUCUAACUGACUAUUUAUGCAAAACUGCUUCGUCACUCAUUGCCUUUGCAGUCUGCAAAUCUGGCAUCACUACGCUCAUUGUGCCUAGCCACUCAUUUAGCUAUGUAGCUUUCUGCCAGAAAAAUAAUAAAAACUGUAUGCCAGACAC